GACAUUCAAGAAAUAAAAUUUGCAGCGGGUAAACAAUAUUUGUUUCAGAAAACUUUUCUUAAGUGCAAUACAGUUUGUAGAUGAAGUGUUUGAAUACUAACUGAGAUAAUGAGUAAAGAAAAUGGGAUGUUGUAGUUAAACCAUUAGGUAUAUCCUAAUUUAUCAUACCUGGAGAGAACUUCCAGACACAGCUUUGUGUUAUGGCGUGGAGCAACACAGCGGAGAAUUGUAGAGACAGUAUCACAGAGUUGUUUAAACAUCUUAGUUGCCUCCACUGCACCUCAAACAACAAAAUAUCCCUACACCAUCCAAAGGCGCCAAAGUUACAAGCCCAGCGGAAAGCCCUGAGAACUCUUUAUGAUGUUCUGUUUGGAUAUCAUCUGGGAGAUCUGAAACACGAUGACCGUCUUGCACUUUUUCAUUCCAUGCCCCCUGAUCUGUGGAUGUACGAGUACAUGUACGAUCUCCGCAGGGGAAGACAAUUUGACAAAGCAGACAAACUUGAAGGACUAUUCACAAAGCUCAAGAAUGAUGACGGUGUGGACUUAUCUGAUCUAGAUUCCAUUUUGACGGUGCUUCUCUUGCUGGCUGACUCUCAUCCACAGCAAUCGUCACACGUCAUUGGUCACGGAGAACAACACCUUCCCGUUGUUGUUUACAAUAUAAAGGAUGAGCACCAUCUUCCUCAGGGUCCAACUCUUUACCAUGACACAGCGGUGUACAAGCCAGCCAGUCCAUUCUACAUGCAUUAUCCUAGGAGUCUGUUUGAGGGAGAGCCACUAACAGAUUUGGGAUAUCUAUCAAUGGAGAGCUCACUUUCGGAUGACCUUGACCUUUCAUCAAAAGGCUCACUGUUUGGAGGUUUGGUUCAGCCAAAACGAGUAGCGCUCAACGACAAACUAGAAUUACCAGACUUUCCUGAAAGUGGUGUAUUUGAGAUCCACAUCCCCCAGCGGAGGGAUAAGCAGAUUGCCCCUGAUGCUUUGGAUUUCUCUGUGAUGUCCAGUGGGUUUAUAUCCGAUGUCCAGCUCCGUCCCAGCACGGCUCACUGGGACGACUGUCUGAAUGUCACCCAGAGUCAGUUCUACACUUGGGACAAGCGAGGAAGGCGAGGCCCAACAGAAAGGCCAUACAUGACAGAGCUGGGUUCACAGUGCGUCCAGGAGUGGUGUCAGAUGAAGAGGAGGGAACUGUGUGUGUUCUCCCCGAACCUUCAGCCCCCACCCAUCAAAAAGUUCACCCCCAGGCAGGUGACUCAGGACCUCCUGCACCUGAUGAUCGGAAUCCCCUCACACCUGUUUGUAAUGAACAAGGAGUUGCAGACUUUUCACCUUGGUGAAGGAUGUGAAUUACGUGGAUUGUCUCCGGAGGCUUUCCAGAAUCUUGUCUACGACUUCAUCGACUGUGGAACGUGUUAUUGUCGUCUGCGAGCUUUCUGUGCCUCCAGCACGGUUUAUAAUGGCGGGUUAAUCUUCCAAGCAUUCCUGGUCGCUCUGAAUCGGGUGCUCCAUCAUUAUGUUGCUGUUGUCCUCUCCAUUAAAGACAAUCUCAACAUUUUGAAUCUCAAGUUUCUCUGUCACAAUCUCUUCACCCAGAUGAAAUAUUUAUCAACCCUGUGUCGCUGUGAAAACCCUGUAGGAAUGCAACAGUUGGAACAGUUUCCAAAGGGGGUAGAACUGCUGAGUUAUCUGUAUCAGGAGACGGCAGAAUCCAUAAACACAGACAACUAUCCCAUGAUGCUCUCUAUACUGCAGACUUCCUGUGGCCCGUAUAACUUGUUUGUGAAAGAAUGGGUCUACCAUGGAGAGAUGCACGACACUUACGGAGAAUUUAUGAUAACUGUUAACGAUGAUUAUCUCAGGUUCAGGGACAAGCAUUACUGGACCCACAGUUACACAAUGACCGACCGUGAUGUAGAGUUUGUCCCAGGAUUUCUCCACAACUUAGCCAGUGAUAUUUUUAUCUGUGGCAAAUCCCUAAAUCUGCUUAGGACAUGCUCUCCGAAUCAUUUCCUUUGUGAAGUGAAGGAGUUGGAUAUCCCUAGAAUCUCCUUGACGUUCUCCGAGAAUGAACUCCAUAAUACGAUGACUCAGUGUCAGCUCUACAUCAGCAAGAUGAAGCAGAUAGCCCGGCAACAGACCAUGUCUAGACAAGCGCUGGAGGACCAGGCUGUUAAGAGGAAAAGAGACCUGAUGAGGCGAGCCAAGGCAGCAGCCACACAGGAAGUGGAACGGAUACGGGAAACUAUUAUGAAGAAUAGAUCUCUAGUUGAUGCAAAGAAAAGAGAACAGUUUGCAAUUCUAAAGAAGCAGAUGGAGUUAGAUCUCCAGAGACGGUCUGAUUCUGUUUCCAUGGAGAAGAAGGCAGACCGAGAGAGAAUGGAAUUGUUACAGAUUCAGGAGAGAGAGAUGACAGAAAAAGAGAAAGAAUUAGAAGCUGAAGCUAGGGCAGAGAUCAUUAAUUACUAUGCUACUCUGACGAAGGAAGCAGCCCUGAGAGAAGAGAGAGCUAUGUGGAAGAUACGACGGUCAGUCCUGGAUGAGGCGAGACGAGAUUUCCUCUCCGAAGAUGAAAAGGCAUGGAAGGAGGAAUUCAAAGCUAACCCAGAGGGCAGGAAAAUUGACCGAGCUUUGUUGGAGUUUAGGAAGUCAGAAGAUGACGAAUCAGACUUGCCACAAUGGGCACGGAGAGUAAUAGCACAGCCAGCGCCACUGAUCCCAGCAGUAGAAGAACCAGAGGAAGUCGACCUACCAGCCUGGGCGACCAGGAGAUUGUCAAGCUUGAAGAUGCAUGAGGAAGGGGGCAAGUCAGAACAGGAGCAGGAUUUGUCCCAGGGGAGAAAGGUGAACCUGGAAAGUGAGGAAUCCCCAACUAAACCUGCCAUCCACGUCUUCCAAGAGCAUCAUCCAUCCAAAGAAUCCGCUGACAAUGGAACCUCCAAACCACAGAUCCACAUCGUGCCGGAUCGACAUGCCUCGAAAGAAUCCAAGCCUGUGGACAAGGUGAAAGUUGGAGUGAAACUCUCCACUCAAAUGAGUGCAACCACAGAGACAGAGGCAAAAGAAUACAAACCACACCUGAAGCCACAGGAUGAUAUGUACUCCACAAAGGAAUCUACAGAGACCAAGGAGGUCAGCUUCCCCAAGUUGAAAGGUCAGACGGGGUCAGGCGUGUCAGCUGAGACCCAGGAAAAGGAGUGGAAGGUGAAACCAGCGAGCAUGUUUGGUCAUGUCAGUCAGCUGUCCAAACAGGAGGUCCAGAUCAACAUCCCGAGGCUCAAAAGGCCCGAGGAGAUCUACGCAUCACUGGAAUCGGACUACAAGGACUACGGAAUCAAACCAAGAAUCAGAAUGAAUGAACAGAUGUCGGCUACAAAAGAAUCCACAGAGAGUGCUCCACAGAGAUCGGGGAUCAAAUUCUCCCAUGUAAUGUCCGCCACGAAGCAGUCUGAGUGGGUCGAUGUGGACAAGGCCAGGCUGGAGAAGUUUAAGCGACAGAACAUCCACGGCCACUCGUCUGAUUCUACGGUUCAGGCCCUGCUUUACGGACCUAAAGCAGACAAAGUUGUAAAUGACCAGCCUUUUCUUCCGCCUCUGGAGUGGAUGGCAUCGGGCCAAUACUGCCCUGUUCCGUACCAGGAUAACUGGGACAUAUGUGGUCAGCCCCCUGCUGUUGAUUUGCUGCUGAUGUCAUCAGGGAUGGUGUACGGUGGACACGGGGAUUAUGGAAUAUCUCAAAUGACGGAUGUCUCCGUGUACAAUUAUCUGCCCCUGACAGAAAUCAUGGAGCGAUCAGUUGUGGCGCCACUAGUCUCACAGAUAUCGUUAGUGAACGAGAGCCUACUGGACCAUUUCUUCGCACAGUUACAUUUGAUGGAGCACCUGAAGGCACUCCGACGUUAUCUUCUCAUGGAAAACGGAGACUUUGCACAGAUACUGAGUGAUAUCUUGUUUGAAAAGAUUUCCUCCAGUCUUAGUGCCAGAGAAACUCUGACGCCACUGUUUCUAAACAGUGCCCUAUCUAAAGCUCUCAAGUCAUCCACACAGACAGACGACAAACUGGCAGAAAAUGUCAGCUUUGCCUUCAAGUUUCCUCCAGGACUUAUCACAGAGUCAGGGAAAUCCAUUCUAGACUGCUUGGAACUCCGUUACUUAGUUUCAUGGCCAGUGAAUAUUGUUAUCACCGAGGACUCGAUCAAUAAGUACAACCAGAUCUUCUCCUUCAUGCUGCUCCAGAAACAGACAGUGUGGGUUCUCAAAGAUGUCUGGCAUCGACUCAAACGUACAGCUCUCCUUCACAAGGCAGGGAAUGCCUCCCAGUUCAGACGUCUUCAAUUGUACAGACAAGAGAUGCAGCACUUUGUGAGGGUAAUGCAGAGUUACAUCGCUCAUCAGGUUAUAUUUGUAACAUGGAAUGAGUUUAAAGCCUCCCUCAAGUCAGACUUGCACAAUCUGGACAACUUGGUCAGAAUUCACGAUGACUACCUCAACCGUGCCAUUUUUAGGUGUUUGUUGAACACCAAAGCGACCAAGAUCAUGAAGAUAAUCCGCGACAUGUUCGGCCUGAUCCUUCAGUUCCGUUUGCUGUUGGUGGCAGCUGAUUGGACGAGGGAUAAAGCCACAGGAGAGAUGUCACAUGCAAACUUCAAUCAUAUGCUUAAGUGCUUCCAGAACUUUAAGCAGUACUCUGUUUUUCUCUUCAAAGUUAUCAGUAAACUGGUGAAGCGUGGGUACCAGUCACAUCUCCAGGACUUCUUGUUACGACUCAACUUUAACGAUUACUACAAGGACACAUAGGAAUUCGCACUCCAUCGAUUACUAUAAAGACAUGUAAUACACGACAAGAACCCCAACAAAUGAAAUGUCCAUAGGGGACUAAACAGUCCUCAGUUUUUCUGUGAUAGAAACUGUCUAGUGAUGAUAUCCCAGGUGAUGACUUAUUUAUGGAAUUUAGCAAUAAAUUUCUUAUUCAAUAAAUA